CUCUCCUUGCGGUUCAACGGCCGCGUCCUCUUCAUCAAAGAUGUCAUCGGGGACGAGAUCUGCUGCUGGUCGUUCUACGGACAAGGGCGCAAGAUCGCAGAGGUGUGCUGCACGUCCAUCGUCUACGCCACGGAGAAGAAGCAGACCAAGGUGGAGUUCCCCGAAGCGCGGAUCUACGAGGAGACGCUCAAUAUCCUCCUCUACGAAGCGCAGGACGGACGCGGCCCAGACAACGCUUUGCUGGAGGCGACCGGAGGCGCCGCUGGACGCUCGCACCACUUGGACGAAGAUGAGGAGCGAGAGAGAAUCGAUCGCGUCCGCCGGAUCCACAUCAAGCGCCCCGAUGACCGCACUCACCUCCAUCAGUGAAAGAGCCACUGCCGCCGCAACUUCUGCCACCCGAAGGCCCAUUCUACUCCUCCUCCGUCCGGUUCUAAUUUAUAUUCCAGAUUAUAUCUAUAAACGUUCACCGUUUCUCCCCCCCCCCCCCCAAGUGAAUUAAGUCCGUCGCUAUAUUUUCCAGGGCGGUUAUCCCUGCCAUCCCUGCCGAUAAGACCUCCAUUUUCCUUUGUGCUCCUUCUCAAAAUGGUGGAACGUUGGUUCCCGUCACCGUUUUAUUUUAUUUUUUAAUAGGCAGUUUGUCCGUAUCCACGGGUUUAUUUUGCAUUUCCAAAACGCAAAGAUCGAUUUUUUGCCGUUUUAUCUAACGCAGUGUCCGAAUUUGGGUCCAAAUAAGAUCAAUGGCGUCGGAGCUUGAAAAAGUCCCAUUUCCGUUCCUUCUUUUGGGGAACGCAGUGCGCAAAUUUGGGUCCAAAUAAUUCAUUUUCCGUCAUUUGGGUUGAGAGCGAGGGACCAUUUUACAUUAUCGGAGGGAUGCGACACUUUAAGAUAGAAGACUUUUGUAUAAUUAUUUUACCUUUUACCUCUUGUUU